GAUUUUGUUGAAUGGUUCGCCACGCAAUCCAAUGCAAUUGUAAAAAGUCAAACUAAUCUGAAUCUCUGUCCGCUGCUGCUAAUCUGGACUUCGCGACGCAGUGGACCUGCCUCGGAAUACAAUGAACAUGAUCGGCAGAUUAUGUCAAUUGAGGCCAAUGUUACAAGGUUACAGGAAUUUAUACCUUACACAUGUUAAAAAUGCAUAUGAAGGAUCUGGCAAAACCACCGUAACAUUUAUCAGUAAGGAGAUAGGUUCUCGAAUCUAUGUGAAUCGUUGUGAUCAGAUGGGAUUCACGUUGAGUACCGGUACAAAAGUGUUGGGGCCAACAGUGCUCUUUCCCAGACACGCUAUCUGCUGGAACAUUCAGUCUGGCAAGCACAUAAAUGAGGCUUCGCUUUCGUUAUUCACUGUCCUCGAGCCAAAGCCUGAUGUUUUGAUCAUUGGAUUGGAUGAUCAGUACGAUUUUGCUUAUAUGAAAAGUCUUCGAGAAUAUGUACACAAGCUUGGUAUCAAUACGGAAAUAAUUUCUGUAUACAAUGCAUGCACGGUGUUUAACUUCAUCAAUGAGGAGGGUAGAUUCGUCGUUGCAGCAUUAAUACCGCAAAAAGCACCUAAACGAUUACUGAAGCUAUCACAGAGUAAACCUGCGAAACAAAUAAUGGACUCUGAUAGUUCUGAAAACAGCAAAACGGACAGUGCAAAAACAGAAAGUACAAGAAAUAGAUAGAAUAUAUAGAGGUACAUAUAUAUGAUAAUUUGCGAGAAGACUGUAUUAUAUUGUAUAAUAAAAUAACUUCUGUAAAUUAUAUAUAAGACUACAAAAUUUCCAUUUUGCUCAAAAUAAAACGUUAAAUUUUUUAAGAAAAAGAGAAAUAAAGGGUUCAAUUAAAACGAGUUUAUACGAAUUAAUAUCAUCGAAGAAAAUCAAUAAAUUGCUUAAAUUAAAUAAAACUACAUUUUAUAGGUAUACGCCGAUGAACUAAAACGAGAUUUAGGCGAUGAGGCUUAUAAUUUACGUAAUAAAACAAUUUUAUACAAUCGCGUGGUUCGAAUAAAAGUCAUUAGCUUUUAAAUAUCAAGAAUGUUUCAAAAUCUAAUAAAGGUAGCCACACAAAUUUCACCGUCUCGACAUUUGACAUUUUGUUAAAGGUUCUUUGUAAUAUUCCAAAUCGAGAUCCUGGUGAAGUAAAAGUCAAAAAGAGAAAUUUAUCCUGGCGAAGUAAAAAUCAAAAAGAGAAAUUUAGUAAUCAGUCUGUUCUGCGUUCGUUUCUAUGAAUUUUCGUACCUUUUUACUGAUCAGAAAAAUUAUCAAGAUAGAUAAUAUUUUCAAGUUUAACGUUUUAAAAACAAAAACGCUGUAUACUCGAAUUCCGAGAUUCUCUGAACACGGAUGAUCAUAUAAAUCGGUCACGUGAAACGUGACUUUUGAAAAACGGCAUAUCUCAUAUUAUUUUUAUAUAACAUCGAUACAUCCAGUUGUGUGGUUUUAUUGUAUACCGAUUAAAAAAAUUAAUUUCUCGACGAAUUAAAUAUACAAGUAAAUUUUUUCUUUUGCUUUUUGCUACUUCUCGUCCCACAUGAGACGAAGUGAUACAGUUUUCUCGACUGUUCGGAAAGAUCACAGUAUGAAUAAUAAACGAUGCCUUUGACGGAUAAGAGUAUAUUCAACUUGAUUUAUUUUCACACCAGAAAUGUACAAGAGACGGGUCGUAAAAGCUCUGAGACUGAAUGGAUUAUCAUAAAACAAAGGGUUUGGAAGAAAUUCGUGACUUGUCACUUUCAGAGCUUCUCGUAGCUUUCGGGUAAUGGAUAAUUCAUAUAAAUACAUUUCUUCCACCGUGGCUCUGAUCUAUAUGCUACAGGAUCCUUUGUGAACAAUAUGCAUGUAUUUCUCCAAGCGGACGAUCAUGAAAAAUUUUAAAAGGAUGACGAGGAUAACAAACAGCUGAGAAUUAAAGGACUCAUUUCGUGCAAAUGCAGACAGGUGGUUUUAACAAAUGUAUUGAACGCAAACUUUACAAAACAAUUCUCUCGAUUCUUUACUGGACUAGAUGCUUUAUCGUAAUAUUGUAUUCGACAGGGAUUACUUCUGAGCAGGGACUCGUAUCGAAAUUACAUUUCAUAUUAAAAUUUCGGCCUGGUUAAGAUUAUGAUCCAAGGCUAUAUCCAAA